AUGGAGGAGGUGCAGCAUGUGGAGGAGGUGCAGCAUGUGGAGGAGGUGCAGCGUGUAGAGGAGGUGCAGCGUGUGGAGGAGGUGCAGGGUGUGGAGGAGGUGCAGCGUGUGGAGGAGGUGCAGAGUGUGGAGGAGGUGCAGAACCAGGACCAUCACACCAGCACCAUCACACUAGCACCAUCACACCAGCACCAUCACACCAGCAGCAUCACACUAGCACCAUCAGACCAGGACCAUCACACCAGCACCAUCACACUCGCACCAUCAGACCAGGACCAUCACACCAGCACCAUCACACUAGCACCAUCACACCAGCACCAUCACACCAGGACCAUCACACUAGCACCAUCAGACCAGGACCAUCACACCAGCACCAUCAGACCAGGACCAUCACACCAGCAGCAUCACACCAGGACCAUCAGACCAGGACCAUCACACCAGCACCAUCACACCAGGACCAUCACACCAGCAGCAUCACACCAGCAGCAUCACACUAGCACCAUCAGACCAGGACCAUCACACCAGCACCAUCACACUAGCACCAUCACACCAGCACCAUCACACCAGGACCAUCACACUAGCACCAUCAGACCAGGACCAUCACACCAGCACCAUCAGACCAGGACCAUCACACCAGCAGCAUCACACCAGGACCAUCAGACCAGGACCAUCACACCAGCAGCAUCACACCAGGACCAUCACACCAGCAGCAUCACACCAGGACCAUCACACCAGGACCAUCAGACCAGGACACAUGCAGACAGCAGGUUCUUCAUCCUAAUUCUUUGA